UCACGUAACCAGAGGAUACAAUGCUGCCAGCAUUAGUGUCUCUGUGCUAUCCUUCACUCCAGCUUUGUCCAGCCAUUGCACUCUGACAGGUUGUGACGAAGAGCAAAAGCUCUGGAGUAACCUGUGCCAUGAAGACCAAGAAAUCUCGAGGAGUUGCACCAAGUUCACCUUCUGGUCGACAGAAGUCUCGCUUCACCUUACGGAGUAGAAAGAAGAAGGAUGGGGUGAUCCGAGGCAAGCUUCGCAUCCGCUCCAUGCCUGGAGCAUUCCUAGUGCUUGGCGUCAUCGUAGUGGUUGUUGGCACUGCUCUGGCUGUGGCAGGAUACUGGCCCUAUCGGAUAUCAAGGUCGUCCAUUCUGGGAGCUGCAGAAGGGGAAAGCAUUUCUGAAUCACAGACAUCUGGCUGGAGUCUGGGAGCUAAGGGCCUCUUGUCCACAGCCAGCCUCAUUCACAGUGAUCGGAUGAAGCUGUUGGGACCUGUCAUCAUGGGAGUGGGUCUCUUCAUCCUCAUAUGUGCCAACACUGUCCUAUAUGAGAACAGAGACAGAGAGACUCAGAUGCUGCUGGCCCAGAUGCGUAGUGUUAUCUGCUCUGUGUCUGCAGCUGUGCCUUCAGCUGACCUUAAAGAAAUAGCAGCAGCCAACUCGAUGGUCAAGCACUACCAGUGGGUGAACAGUCUACCAGCUGCCCAUCUUAACAUUCUUUGUCUGCAGCCGCUGGCCAGUUCGGAGCCCCUGCUCCAGAGUAGAUGCACCACAGACCAGGAGCACAGUAUGGAGUGCAUCUACCAGCAAGCUGUUCUUCAGAUGGAAGCCCUUCAUCACCAGGAGUCAGAGUCUCCACCUUCCACCAAUACCUCCCACUCCAGCUCAUGUAAUUCCAGUCAGACUGACUUUAACACACAGCUAGGUGCUAAAUGCGGGGAGAGGACCAGCCGCAGUCCACACACUGUCCCACUCAUUAAGCCCAAUGUCUGCCUGGUAUCUGCCAGCUCCAUGUCCACCUUGGGUGUGGAUGAGGUGGAUGUCCCAGCUGCUCAACCGAGGCGCUGCCACAGUAUGAGCUACAGGACUAACCCUCACAUAACCCGAACCCGUAUGUGUCUGGAGAAAGGACCCAUAUCCAGAAAUCAGAUUCAGGCAAGUCAGCUAGAAAUCACUCAUGGGGAGGCCAGUUCACAGGUUUGUGUAAACAUCCCUGGACAGGUCACUGAGUCUGUGGAGGAGCAGACUCACCAAAGCUGGCCUCGGCUAGACCUGGGCAGCGGCAGACGAUACCUAAAAUUGGAGAACAAAGAAGACUCGGUGGACAGACUGCUGGACCAGUUAGAGCAGCAGUGUGCUCAGUGGGAUAAGAGUUUUGGAUCUGGGCCUUUCCAAUAAUGGCUGCAAACCCACUGAUAAUCAUGGAUUAAUAAUGCUUCCUGAUUUUGGUUUUUCAGUUCUGUGUGAGGCAGAGAGAACCCGAGCUCUGGAAUAUCUGGAUUACAGUAUUUCUCAUAAGGAUUUUCCAAAAGUUGAGCUCUUUCUCAAGCUUCAGUGGAAUAUUGAUACACAGAGUUUGCUUGGCUGGAUGUGGCAGAUGUUUUAUAUAAUUCAAGGAGAGGAACACUGUUGCAGCUGAGUGGAUCAGACUGUUUACUUCUGCUGUUUGGGUUGGCAGCACUGCAAUAAAUCAACUUGUAUGUUGCCAAAAUGUGUUUGCCUUUUUCGGGGACACAGUGUGCACAACCCAGUAAAAGAGACAUAGAGCAGCAGAACGGGAGGUUGUUUUCACUGUGCAGUCAAUUCUGAACCAAACUACCUGGACUCCUGAGUCCACAAAGUGCUGACAGUUAGUGGGAAAUGCAACUAGUGUAUAAACAUGGGACUUUUAUUUUCAGAUGAGGUCCCUAUUCCAAAUGCAAUGCAUGGCAGUGAUGUACAGUAUGUUACAUCUUAAUACUUAUGCAGAGUAAUGUCAUUGUUGGUUUUAUAUGCAUAUGCAGUAACAGAGUUCUUCUGAUUUAAAACAACUUGGAUCUUAUUUUCAUAUGAAUGUCCCUUUUUUUUCCCUAAAGAAUCAGCCAUGAUAACAUUGUAACCAAAUAUCAACACAGUAACAAUGUCAGCCUAUACUGGAUAUUUAUUAUUUUGGUAUGUUGCAUUAAGCACAUUCGGAUAUUAUUUUAUUCUUCUAUGUAGUUUAUCUUUAACAGUAAAGAAAACAUCACCCUCUGAGACAGUUAAACGCAGCACACAGAGCUGCAGUUCAUGACUGUUGACUCAUUUUGUUAGGUAAGGCUAUUAUUUUAGCUGCUCCAUAAAAUACAAACAUGGCAUUGUUCAGUGUACAUCCUAACCUUCAGAGCAGUUCAUACACACAUAAUAAUGUUUUAUUAUGUUUAGAAUGUUUUAUUAAUUUAUUGGUGAACAGCUUGAUUGAGUCAGUUAAUUAAUUAUUAAUUAUCAUAAGUCUCUGGAACUCUAUUGCAGUCCUAUAACACCAUUCUUCCCAAAGAUAAUCUCUCAUUUGGUGUUUUGAUGACAGUUGUGGAAAGCCCCUCGAAUGCAUCAAUCUAAAACUGCUGGCUGUUUCCUCAUAAGAUAAAUGUAAACACUCAGAGCACACUUUCAGUAGAGUGACAUUAGAGUGACCCCCACCUCUCUAGCUCUAAAGGGACAAACCAUGCCAAACAAACUGAGUUAGCUGAUCCCUGCAAUGUAGGUGCCAAGAGUUUAGGUUUUUCACUGAAUAUGCUGCCCAUCUGUAUUUGUAGGGGAUGUUUGCUGACAUACUGUAAUAAGCCCUUCAUAUUUACCUAUAGCUAAUUGGAAUUAUGUAAUAUUGUGGUAAAUGAUUGUAUAUGAAAGUGCUACUAAUUUGGUCAGGGUUUUUUUUUUUUAUCAGGAAUAAAGAUUUUAACCCAACUAUGACAGUAAGAUCCAAGUUAACAAAAAGAUUAAUAAAGAAGAUUUUCUGUUUGUUGUGUUUCUCCCAGUGAAUGCAGUAUUAUCUUGUAAUGAACGCAGUCUUUCAUAGUGUGUCCAGUAUUUAUGAGGAGGGUCACCUAUUUUCAUCACACCUUCCCAACCUUUGACCAAUGGACAGAAUGGGAUUGUGCAGACAAGGCAAGCCUGCAACUCCACUUAGAUUUAGUAAGGUUGCUGUUACUGCAUGCAGCUGGGUGUGUGUCAUAGAGGAAGAAGCCUAUGAAUCACAGUCUCACAGGCCCUCCUGCUCCUUGCCCCCCUUUACACCAUGUGCAGAUGUGCAGUGGUCACCCCUCCUCGCUCCAUGUUUGUUUCAACACUCUCUGGUUUUCUUUUUGUCAGUGCUGCCUGUUCUGUACACCAUAUGUGACAUGUUGUGUUCUAAAUGUAUACCAAGCAAUAUUUCCGGUCUGGCAAAACCAUCAAUGGCUGCCUUGCCCUGUGCUGGCCACCGAGUUAUACAAUGUUGCCAUGCCUGUGUUACAAAUAUAAGGCAAAGCAAAAGCAACUCUUGUUUGCUGUCUUCUCAUUUAUUCACACAGUGAGGGUAAUGGCUCCUGAUUGUAUAUGUAUGCAGCAUAUAAUCAUCUCGCUACACAUAUUCCCGACAAUCCCAUCCCUCACUCUUUGUAUAUCAUCUAGAGCAAAAACAUCCAGCUGGGAUCUGGACAAGUGAAACCCAUACUCACUUCAUCAACUGAAUGAAAGCAGUGGAAUAUUUUACCCUGUUGUUACACAGCAGAAGUUUGAUAUUUUCUUGCAGUCUCAGGACUCGGGUGGAGUGGGAGGGAGAAAUUCCCUAGUUGCAAUUAUCCUCAGCAGAGCCUGAUAUAUGGCUCCAUUCCACAUACACCCCCUCCACCCCUUCUUAUUAGUCUUAUUAGCUUUUAUGGUUCCUUUAGGGCAGGUAUGCACUCCCUCGUGAUCUCUUCUUAUUUAAUUGAUCAUUUACAAGAUGGCCUCUGGGUUUCAUAAAGCUAGCAGGCAGGACCUCCUGCUCUCUGUGGCAAAAGCACAGGAAGGUAGAAAAUUACAUGGCUGCAGGAGAGCAAGAAGGUGUAGAUAUGAAAAAUCGGGGCUCAUAAUUUAGAACUUCUGUGCCAGACAUCAGGUCUUGUUGCCUUUUGCUCAGCUGGCCUGUCAAAGCUUUCUCCACACUGGCAACCAAAGCAGUGAGAUUAGGAAAGAGGUUUCUGUAAUGAAUGGCUUUGUUAAUUCAGCAUUCAAUCAGGAUCAUUUGUACUAACACAUAAUUGUCACUGUCCAUUAGCUAAAAUAGCCAAAUGCAUUAGGAUCUGGCAAGCACUGAUAAGUGUAACUGCAGCAUCUGUGCAAUGAGGUAAGAGCAGGAUAAUUAUCACAUUUCCCGACGUCUGUUUUCAGUGUCAAGGUUUGUUUUUGCUGCAAUUUCUUGCAAAUCCUGUUACUGCUAACACAUGUCAAAAGCAACUGUGGGUGUUUUACAGUGUAUGAUGUGUUUUUCUGAUAUUCCAUCAGGCACUUAGGAUUUUGUUUUCAGUGUGGAGACCAAGCUGUUAGAGUUUGCAACUAUCAUGUAGCAGGAGAGCAAUAAAAAAAAUCCCAGAUAUGAGUUUUACUGCAUGGUUUACCCACAGCUUUACAAAGAAUUACAAGGUGCAACUUUCUGUAGUGAAAGCUGUGAAAAAGCCAAU